GUUGUGCUGUGUUGCUCAACGUUUUCGUGCGUAUGAACGUGUUUUUGAUCGCUUCCCGGACAUCUUAGCGCGCUUUGUGUCGAUCUAUUGUUGGUGUUUCGACGGCAAAUCCUGUGUGGAGAAUCCUUGCAGGACUUUACUAAACGUCACCUAGCAAAGUGAGGUUAGGAUACUGUGCCCAGUGUCAAAGAUUUUUGUAAAUUGACCAGGAAAAAAAACAAGUGUGACAUUGCACGCGAUUUAGCGAAUUUUUUUUGCCACUUCUGAGGUGGAUAACCACGGAAUUAUCUCUGGCAUCACGUGUACCGUCAAAUCGUCAAAACAUCGCCGAAUUUUAGUGUUUUUUUUCGCGCGUGUUAACACGCUUUGAAGAUGAUGCAACUCAAAAGUGACAGAAAAUUUAAUUUAUGAGUGAUAAAAGUCAAUCAGUAUUUGCUGUGAAUGGGCUAUGAAGAGUGUGAUUCUCAUGUUUUAUCCUCAGCACAGUGAAAACAAUAGCAAAUUUUAUCCACUGACGUGUGUCACAUAAAAAAAGCGUGCACCAUUUUCGCGGGUGUUAUCGCAGAAUAAAAAAAAAGAGAAUGAUAGCUUUUGAGAAAUGCCAAGGAUUUUUCACUGACAGACUCGUGAAUCGAUAAAAUCUGGAUUGAUUUGCAAAGCAAGCAACAGUGUUGAGUGCAAACGAGUCUCACCAUUUUCAUCCUUUUGGGGCACAAAAACAGAUCUCCAAAGAACAAAAGAGCGUCAGCUGGAAAAAAAACUGCUUAUACAUUUUAAUUGCAAAAAUGAAAUUGUAGUGCAUGAAAUGUGAAUGUGGCGUCGGCAGUGAAUCAGUGAGGUUUGAUUCCAGCUAACAACAAUCAGAAUAAAUGAAGAAUUGAGUAAGAAAAUUCACUUUGAAAGGAACAGCACAAAAAAAAUUGAUACAUAAUUUAUUGAGCUCAGGGAGCAGUGCGAGGUAGAGAACAGGUGAAAAAAGCAAAAUCUAAUGGACUGGUGAGCAAAAGUCAGGGAGUUGGAAUUGCUGGAAAAAUUGAGCCCCAAGAGAUAGUGCUCUGUUGGUGCAUUUGAAUCAACAAUUGAGCAAAACGUGCUAUUUUUUCCAAUGCGCGCGCUGCCAGCAAUAAGUCACUUGGGCAUUGUGCGCCAGGAGCGCGAUGCUGAAGACGCAGUGGUGCACACGUAAGAACAAAACUCCCGUUUUAGUAACCUUGACGUUUAUAAUUGCAAAUCGCGGAGUGUAAUUGCGGUUGUUGCUGUCAUUGAUCUACAAAGACACAAUAAAUAUUUUCUCGAGUGUCGCGAAAGAAAAGAGUUUAAUUUUAAAUCAUUUGAUUGAUCGUCGUUAACUGCAAGUGGUGAGUGAUCGAUUUGGAUCUCAAGGUGCAUUUUUCAUCUUCUCCCCAAACCCCCAGGAAUAGAGAGUGUCCAUUCGGGGGAUUGGUGUUUGGUGUGAUUGAGACUGCCACAAGUCUCACACGAGAAUUGUUUAAAGGGGGACAAGGAAGAAUUUCUGGGUGACACUGCGUGCUUAUAGCUAAAUGAGAGUCACUCAGUAAGUGCAAGAAAGACAGGAGAACGAAGAGACAGUGGAAUUUCGCAAUGGCCGUGUCUUGUCCGGAAAUGAUGUACGGAGCUUACUAUCCAUACUUGUACGGACGCGCUGGACCAAGCAGAUCCUUUUACCAGUACGACAGGUUCAACCAGGACUUGUAUUCUUCAUCGGGCGUGCCACUUGCACCCUCUAGCGCUUCAGGAAGUUCACAUUCACCAUGCAGCCCCAUCCUGCCACCCUCUAUCGCGGCUCCUGCGGCCACGGUAUCCUCGGCCCAGUCAGUCGCCACAGCGGCCGUUCCCACGAUCCCUCUGGGGACCGUGCAGCGACAUGUCACCAAAGAGGAAGACCUCAGUGGCACGAGGAGCGAUACAGAAGGUCCUCUGCCAAGCAGCGCCCACAACGACAGUUCCUGCUCAUCGGGUCCCGAGUCGCCCCAUGCGGCUGCGGCGGAUCCUACGAGCGAUGGACAGCCUGCCCGGGCGCAGUACGUAUCCGCGACGUGCGUCGUUUUUACGCACUACAGUGGAGACGCUGCUACCGUUGUGGACGAGCACUUUUCCCGCGCACUCAACUUUAGCAAUAAGGAAAGCAAAGAUGGAUCCAGUCCGAUGUCAGCGAGAAAUUUUCCAGCAUCGUUUUGGAAUAGCAACUACGUACCUCCGACCCCGGCACCUACACAUCCACAGGUUCCGGAUUUGUAUUCCGCAGACGGAAGUUACUCUACGGAUCCCUGGGUUCCUCAUCACUACGGUUCCUAUGCGGCUCACGCGCACGCGCACGCAGCCCACGCUUACCAUCAUCACCACAAUAUGGCCCAGUAUGGGAGUCUUCUGAGGCUGCCACAGCAAUAUGGACACGGGUCGAGUAAAUGGUCUCAAUUGCUCGAUUACAGGCUGCACCAUGAUCAGCAGACGGCACAUGCCCUCGAGAGUGCCGCAGCAUACUCCAGCUACCCCACAAUGGCAGGCCUCGAAGCUCAAGUCCAAGAAUCAUCAAAGGAUCUCUACUGGUUCUAAAAUUAUAGGACAGCAACAAGAACAACAAAAGUCAGUUGGUGCCGCAGUAUUAGUUUAACGAAUCAUAAAGAGAAACGAUAAAUGUGACGAGAAUAAAAACACAAAGUUUAUUCUAGUGAAAACUACAAAAAAAAGAGUGUGUAAAAGAUAGGGGUAAAAAAUUGUGGUACAAAAACUCAAUAAAAUAUUAAAAUUAAAAGAAAAAA